CCGAACUUCUGAGGCUCUGCAGCGCGCGACUGAAACUGCGAAGCGUCGCUCUCUGACACGGAAACAACACGAAAGUUCCGUUAUUUCUGUAGCUCGUUGUUUGAGGGGUGCAGACAUGACGCGACUGAAGAUGCUUCACAUCACCGCGAUGCUGCUGCUGCUGCUGAUGAUGAUGAUCUCACAAAGUGUCGCCAUUAUCAGAGUUCCUCUUCUCAAAACCAGGAGCCUGCGUCGCCUGAUGGCCGAUAACGGGAUGUCCCUGGAGGAGCUGCAGGAGUUGGCGAGCAGCACCGGCACCUCUGACCGUGCCCCCCCGCCGACACUGCCCGUGGAGGCGCUGACCAACUUCAUGGACGCUCAGUACUACGGGGAGAUCGGCAUCGGCACCCCCCCACAGCGCUUCAGCGUGCUGUUUGACACCGGCUCUUCCAACCUGUGGGUCCCCUCCAUCCACUGCAACCUCUACGACGUGGCCUGCUGGCUCCAUCAUCGCUACUACUCCAAGAAGUCCAGCACGUUUGUGAAGAACGGCACCGAGUUCUCCAUCCAGUACGGCAGAGGCAGCUUGACGGGCUACAUCAGCGAGGACACCGUCUCUCUCGCAGGUCUGUCGGUUCCCGGUCAGCAGUUUGCCGAAGCGACGAAGCAGCCGGGCAUCACGUUUGCUGUGGCGCGGUUCGAUGGGGUCCUGGGUAUGGGCUACCCGUCCAUAUCCGUAGACAAAGUCAAACCGGUGUUUGACUCUGCCAUGGCUGCCAAGCUGCUGCCUCAGAACAUCUUCUCAUUCUACAUUAGCAGAGAUGCCACAGCAGCAGUGGGAGGAGAGCUGAUCCUGGGUGGGACAGAUCCUCAGUACUACACCGGAGACCUGCACUAUGUGAACGUCACACGCAAGGCCUACUGGCAGAUUAAGAUGGACGGAGUUGAAGUCGGCACUCAGCUGACUCUCUGCAAAACGGGUUGCCAGGCCAUCGUUGACACGGGGACGUCCCUGAUUGUUGGUCCUCGACAGGAAGUCCGAGCGCUGCACAGAGCCAUCGGAGCUCUGCCCUUGAUAAUGGGAGAGUAUUUAAUCGACUGCAAGAAGAUUCCAUCUCUCCCCGUCGUGUCCUUCAACAUCGGAGGGAAGAUGUUCAACUUGACAGGAGAGGAUUAUAUCAUGAAGGAGUCCCAGAAAGGUUCAUCCAUCUGUCUGUCGGGUUUCAUGGCCAUGGAUAUCCCGCCUCCUGCUGGGCCCCUGUGGAUCCUGGGAGACGUCUUCAUCGGGAAGUACUACACGGUGUUCGACAGGAACGUGGAUCGCGUCGGGUUCGCUCCUGCCAAGUAGAUGUAGAGCGACGCAUGAAGAGUGUCACUGGUCGUUAGUCGGGUUGUUUUGACUUUAAUAAUUAGAUCAAAAGUGUGUUUGUUUGACUUGUCACUUAAAUGUCUCGUAUCUGCUUAGAAACACCUGGUUUAAAUGAAACUGGUUGUUCCCAGUAUAGAUGCAACAUGAAUGACCAUUUCCUCUUUAGCUUUAACGUGAUGUUUUUACGACUGGAUUCACCCAGAGCUUUGCAUUUUGUUGUCUUUUGCACUAUUUCAUUGUUGUAAUGCUUCCAGGAAACAAACAAAAAAACUCCCAGACAUAAACUGAACCAAAUUAGAUUUCAAAAUACACCUGGGAGCUGUUUGUGCACACUGAACAUAACUCAGGAUGUUUCUUAUUAACACACCAAUGUGAAUUUUAUGACCAAAUCCCGCUGAAUAAAAACUUAAUAAUUAA